GGGUGCCCGCGAAUUGUCACUUGCUGUCAACGUGAUCCCAGUGAGAAGGGGAUACUAUCGGUAUUAUUUUUUUUAUUUUUAGUAAAAUUACGAUAAUAUUUAUAAAUUUAUUUCCUCGUAAUGUAAAUCUUUGGAAAGUGGUAAUGCUUCGUAAAUAAAACCCAUAUAUUAAAAGUGCUGAAUAUAGUGCCGAAAAUUGUCUAUUUACAACCUCCAGACUAGGCUAAUUUUGUCGGUUAUGGAGUCCAAGUAUUUGUUGACAAGCAAAGUACCGCAUGGAACGAGCGCUAAGAAUAGUGUAAACAUAUCGAGUUUUCCGAUUAAGCGAAAAUUGCAAAGUCCGGUGAAUGGUGUGGAAUGCGUUGCAUUAAAAACUAAUAAAUUAAAUAACGGCAGCUCAACAUCUACCUCAAAUGGCAAAUCAACGACUACCAUACCUGCUUCUAACGGCAAUAUUGUGCAUUUUAAUGGCAAAGGCACACCAUCGAAACAGCAAUUGGAUCAACAACGGCAGGCACUGCCUGUAUACAAGGUACGCCAAAGGCUUAUACAGGAGGCGCGCCGUGCAGAAACUCUACUAUUGAUGGGCGAGACUGGCUCGGGUAAAACAACCCAAAUACCACAGUUCCUGUUUGAAAGUGGUUUCGCGCAAAAAGGUGUGAUUGGCAUAACACAGCCCCGUCGUGUAGCUGCCAUAACUGUAGCACGCCGUGUGGCGCAAGAGCAAGGCUGUCGUCUGGGUGAGACUGUCGGCUAUACAGUGCGCUUUGAGGACUGCACCUCACCCCAGACCCGUAUACGGUUCCUCACUGAUGGUUGUUUACUGCGCGAAGCUAUCGCUGAUCGGUUGUUGCGGCACUACUCUGUUUUGAUAUUGGAUGAAGCGCAUGAACGUACCAUAAACACUGAUGUGCUUUUCGGCAUUGUAAAAGAAGCGCAGAAACAGCGGAGACAGAGAGGACUUGCACCUCUUAAAAUUAUCGUUCAGUCAGCUACCAUGGACGUAGAUCAUUUUGGAAAAUAUUUUGGAGUACGUGGCAUCUAUCUCGAAGGUAAAACGUACCCGGUAAAAGUCAUGCACUCAAAGGAGUCGCAACCAGAUUAUCUGCAUGCUGCGUUAGUGACGUUAUUCCAAUUGCACCGCACAGAUCCAACCAACCAUGAUGUGCUGAUAUUUUUAACUGGACAAGAAGAAAUUGAAGCUAUGGCCCACCAAAUACGCCAAAUUGCUAAGACUCACGACGCUGAAUUGAGCCCAGUACGGGUGUAUCCACUUUAUGCGCAGUUACCGCAAAACAAACAACUUGAGUGUUUCCUGCCCGCUCCGACGAAUGCACGUAAAAUAGUUUUAGCCACCAACAUCGCCGAGACUUCAGUCACCAUACCCGGCGUAAGGUGUGUAAUAGAUUGUGGCUUUGUUAAACGUCGUGUCUAUAACCAUAACAGUGGCUUGGACGCCCUUCGAAUUGUGCGCAUCUCACAAGCUCAGGCAUGGCAACGGUGCGGGCGUGCUGGGCGUGAUGCGCCCGGUACUUGCUACCGCACCUAUACUCAAGCAGAAAUCGAGUCCUUUGAAAAUAUGCCUAAGCCGGAAAUAUUACGUAGCAAUAUAUGCUCCACUGUGCUCCAGUUGCUAGCGUUGGGCAUCGAUUGUCGUACAUUUGAUUUUCUUGAUCGUCCCUCGCCAGAGGCCGUGGAUGAUGCUUAUCGUAAGUUGGAAGCACUGGGAGCUGUAAGAAACUAUAAAAUCAAACCUGAACUUACUACAUUGGGUCAACAAAUGUCACAGUUUCCUCUUGAUCCACGCUACAGCAAAUUGUUACUAUCCGCAUCUUCUUUCGGCUGCCUAGAAGAAAUGUUAAGUUUGGUCGCUGUGUUGUCAGGCGAGAAUGUAUUUGUUUCUAGCAAUGAAAAGCGUGAGCUAGCUGCAUUGGCACAUGCGAAAUUUACUUCCAAAUAUGGUGACCACUUGACACUGCUCAAUGUCUUCAGUGCAUUUCUAAAGACGGAAAAAGUGAAGCUGUGGUGCCACGACAACUUUCUAAACACAAGAAAUCUCACGUAUGCGCGUGAAGUGCGAAAACAAUUACAAGAAAUUGUUGAGCGUUUGGAAUUGCCAUUGAACAGCUGCGGCAACAAUCAAGAUCAAGUAUGUAAGUGCCUCUUGAUCGGACUUUUCGAAAAUAUUGCUGAACUGCAGCGAGACAAUACCUACCUUACAAUAGCAGGACGCCAGCGUGCCAGAAUACACCCAUCCAGUAUCUUCCAUGGCAAAUACAAACCAGAAUAUGUAAUAUUUACAGAGAUUGUGCUGACCGAACGUAAUUUUCUACGACAAGUCACUGAAAUAAACCCCGAGUGGAUAGCUGAUGUGCUGCCAAAUUAUGCGCAUUUAAAUAGAAUAAAAAGCGCAUUGAAAUAACCUUGAUUGCAUAGCUGCCUAAAAAUUAUUUUACAUUAUUUUAUACAGUAAAAGUAAGAUAUUUUCAGCGCAUAUAAAAGUGCUAAACAAUUGUAAAAAAAAAUGUAAUAGGGUGUUGUAAUUAGAUCAAUGUAAUAUAAUGGAUUUUUAAAUUAUCGAUUAGUAUGAAUCGAAACACAUACAUACAUGUAGCUACGUACGUAUGGUAAUUAAAGAUUUGAAGAGUUCGAAUUGGGUCGUGUGUGAAUACCUAAAUGCAUUUAUUAUCAUUUAAAUUACCAGCUUUAUUUAAAUCUGCAAUUUUACUUUGUCUUGAUUUUCUUAAGUACACUCAAUAAAAUACAAACAUAAUUUUUAUAUGAAGGCAUUGAAAAAAUUUGGAUAAAUCGCUGGCUGCUGGACUAAGUGCAUGUUUAUGUCCUCGAAUAUAACAUGAACUCAAAA